AACCCGGAGAGUGGAGGAGAAGAGGCGUCUGGGGGCCAAUGGCGACUGCAGAAACCAGCGGCAGCGACGGGAAAGGGCAAGGGGGCGAGACCUCCAUCACCUAUUACUGGCUGGAGGAUGUAGUCAAGUGCUACUCCCCGAAGGACCUAUGGCUGGUGAUCCACGGGCGGGUCUACAAUAUCACCCGCUUCCUCAACGAGCACCCUGGUGGGGAAGAAGUUCUGCUGGAACAAGCUGGCUCAGAUGCAAGCGAAAGCUUUGAAGAUGUCGGCCAUUCCUCUGAUGCCAGAGAGAUGCUAAAGCAGUACUACAUUGGUGAUGUCCACCCGAGUGACCUUAAACCUGGGAGUGGCAGACAGGACCCUUUGGAAAAGAAUGCAUGCCGACGUUGCUGGACAUAUUGGAUUCUCCCCAUCCUAGGCGCUGUUCUCACAGGUUUCCUGUAUCGUCACUACAUGUCAGAAAGCAGAUCCUCCUGAGAAGACCUUGCUGAAGUCCACAAAGCGUGUCCACUUAGGAGCGAAAACCAGAGGCCUGCUUUGGGGUCUACAGCAGUGCCCUCUCCUCAGAUCCUACCAGUUAUAUUCAUCCUCCUUGGAGCCAAGAUAGUCGGGCAGAUAUCCACCUCUGGGACAGAGUCCUUCGUCUCUCAGAGCCUUACUCCCACAGCACCUGCUCACUCUGUGUCCUCGCUGGUGUUUCCUCUCUGGUUUCCACACGCACCCUGCCAUUUUUAUUACUUUCUGUUAAUAACUGUGGUUCAUGUGUGAUAGUGACAGUUGCUUUUUGGUAAAAAUGCCUGCUUUCUAAUACUUUGAAUGCACACUAGACAUUCUCAACAGGACAGUACUUGAGUUUUGAAGCUCUUCUCUUUCCAUUUUUCUUUAACCAAAUUUUUUAAAAGUCUGAUUUAAUUUUAUUAUUUAUUCUAAGGAGCAUAAUUCAUGAAGUAAAGGUGCCUACCUAUUAGUGAAAACAGAACUGCCAAAUGAUCUCAUUCCUCAUUUAUAUUUGUUAAAA